GCCGCAGAGGGCAGGGCCGGCGAGCUCGGGGGGCUCAGCCGGCGGCUCGCGGGGCGGAGACGGCGGCGCACCUCUUGGCCGAGCCUGCCAACCGCGUGGAAGUGAGUCGGUAGCCGCGGUCCGCAGGCGGCGCCUCGAGCAGGUGUCUGGCCCUGCUCCGAGGCCGACUUCCUCAGCAGCCUUCCAGGGUGACGGGUUCCCGCCCAGGGAGGGAUCGCGGGGCUGGGGCCCCAACCCCCGAACUUCCCUGACCAGCCCGAGGGGCAGGGCCCGCGGCGGCAACCCCGGUGCGGAGGGCCGCCCAGACUGCCGGGACACACUCCCGGCUCUUUGCCUCAGGCUCCCCUCACCCCUCCUCCCAGGCGGGGUCCGGGGUCCUUCUGAGGUUUGGUCGCCCAAGCCAGGCCUCGCGCACAGGGAGGCAGCUUUAAGCCGCUCCUCCACCCUCCCUGCUGUCGCAGGUAGCAGGACCUGAGCCAGCUGGGCCGCCGGGGCGUUCAAGGCCUGUUCUGUCCCACUCAGAUGCAGCUGAGGGCAUGGGAGGUCCUCCUGCUGCCUGUCCCCUGUGCCUGCAUGGGCGACCCCACAGAACCGAAAAUCGCAGGUCUGAAUGAUGAAUAGAUGUAGGAGUCAUGGGGGCGAAGGCUGGGGUGCUUGGGUCUUGUGAGUCAGGUCUGGCACGCACUUUUGUCCUGGGGCAGAGGGAGUAGUUGCCACGGUUAUGGGAAUGUCCCCAGGGCUCCCUGGGGGUGGCCCAGGUGGUGGUCAGAGGCUGUGGAGAGGGGCUGGGAAAGGUGAGGCUUCCAGCUUGCAGGUCAGGUGGGUGAGCGCCAGUCACUCGGGCACAGAGGCUGUGUGUGUGGGACCACUGCUGCUUAGGGUUCAGCACAGCCCUCAGCUUCUCACUGCUCCCUGCUGCCUCCCACCCUCACAUCCAUGCUGGGCGCACUCCAGGGCCACAGGCCCCCAUACCCACCCAUCGCCACCCUCAGACUGGGGAGGGGCUUCAGGCACCUCAGGGUUGAGGUUUUGGCCAGUCUGUGGCCCAGGGACCUGCUCAGCUAGCUGAGCAGUGGCUCAGCCUCUCCCCAUUUCCUCCAGUCCAGGCUGGCUUGGAACUCACCCAGGGCCCUAGUCUGGGGUCUCCCUGGAGGCUCCUGGUAACAAAUAGCCCCUCCCCUUCCAAGUGCUGGUAACCAUGGCAACGGUAUAAAGCCCUUCUCUCUCCAGGCCUGCUUGGAGCUCAGGCCUCAGGUGAGUGUUGGGAGUGGGGCCUUGGGUUGGCACCUCUGGGUCAUUUGCUCUAGGUUAAGGGCAAGGGUAGUAGGGAGGACACAACAGGGAAACUUUCCCUGGUGGGUGACCUGCUGGCCUAGCCUGGUCAGAAACCCACAGGUGUGGACUCCCGUGUGACCACAUGACCACAGCCUGGUGUCCUGUCAGGUAGACAUGCCCACAUAUGGGCCUCCUCUGAGAGUGAUGCCCUGUGAACUGGCAGUGCUGCCUGGAUCUCUCCACCGUGUGCGUGUGUGUGUGUGGGGGGGCACCACGCAAGGAACACAGGGCAGACUCAGCCCCAUCACCCCUCCCAGCUUCCCAGGAACACCAAGAAUGGCCCUUGAGUCUGGCCAGGAGGCUGAGGGAGCCAAGGAGGAGGCACUCCCCUCCCUGGCAGAUCGAGAGCCGGUCAGCGGAGACCUGGGGUCUCCAGCUGGGACACCUGCAGACCCCACAGUUCCCAUGUGCCCACAGGACACUAAGCCCCACCCCACAUGGGUGGUCUGUCCUGUCAACUUGCGGUUGGCCCCAGAGUCCCUGGACCCCUGCACCCUCCGGCUGCUGUGGGGACAGCGAGAACUGGAAAUCCAGGCCUUGCGGUGGGCAAUCCAGAAUGGCCAGAGUGCCCGGCACUGUCGCAUCCUGCAGGAGGUGCUCGGCCUCCCCACCACUGCUGAGAGGAGUUCCUGCAGUCAGGAAAAGUUCCUGCAGAACCAGGUCCGGAAGCUGACCCUGGAGCUAAAAGAGCAGAAGGAACAGGCCCAGCGGGUGAGGCAGGAGAAGGAGGACCUGGAGGAGCGGCUGCUGCAGACCACCAACACGCUGCAGCAGCUGGAGGCCGAGCUGCAAACCUUCCAGAAAUCUUGCCUCCUACGGCUGGCUCAGUCCUCAUGGGUGGGCCGAAUGCUGCGAUCCCAGACUGGCAGUGUGGAGGUGAACCCACCCUUUUCUCCCUCCUGCCUCCCAACCCCCUCCAUCCCUCCUUGGACCUCCCUUGGGCUGGGCAGCCAGCGUGUCCCCACUUGCAUCAGGUGCCUCUGCUGGGGCACCCUAGCCUGCCUGGAGGCCUGCCCCCCAUCACACUGCCUCUGGGACCCUGGCCUCUGGCAGGGAAGAAUCAUGUGGUCUGUGGGCACACCCACCUGACACACAGGGCUGGUGAGGUCAAAGGGGAGAGGUGCUUUGGGGGAGGGGUGCCCUUCCCCCCAGCCCCUGCCCACUGGCUUCCAGUCCACUCUUGCAGGUGGUGACGGCAGAGACCCUGAUGGACUCCAGUGACUUCUCUGAUGACCAGACCCCCCCUGCUGGGGAGGUGAGCUAGGCCUUCCACCAGUGUGGUCAGGGCUCUGGAUCCCUACAGGAGGGGAGGGCCACGUGCCUGUUAUUUCCUGGCCAGAGUUUCCGGCUGGAGGAUGUGGACUGGAACAGCAUUGCCCAUCGGUACCCCA